ACCGCCGGCAACAACGACGACCAGGCCUCCCGGGCCCUUUCGCUUCUUCUCCUCCUUCCGGGCUGCCAGGCGGCGGCGGCGUGUAACCGGGAAAGCGCUCUGCGCCUGAGGGGAGAGAGAAGUCUAGUUCUUUUCUGAACAGACAGUUGCGGUAGUUGAAGAAUAAAACAACUCUGAAUCGCCAGGGUCCUCCUUAACUAAGAUGACCGACUCCAGGCCUCUGCAAGGUGAAUCGCCUGUUGCUCAGCUUGAUGCAACCAUCUCAGCCUGUGAAGACGGGACAUCCCAAAAGAGAGGGCACAAAGCAAGAAUUCUUAGCCCCGAAGAAGCCGAAAAACUGGCCAAAGAACAGGUCUUUGUCUCUGACUUCAAACAACAGAAACUAGAGAAGGAAGCACAGAAGAACUGGGAUCUGUUUUACAAAAGAAACAGCACCAACUUUUUCAAGGACAGGCACUGGACAACUAGAGAGUUUGAAGAAUUAAAAGCAUGCCGUGAAUUUGCGGAUCAGAAACUCACCAUCCUUGAAGCAGGCUGUGGUGUUGGGAAUUGUUUGUUUCCACUUUUAGAAGAGGAUUCGAAUAUCUUUGCUUAUGCCUGUGAUUUCUCUCCCCGAGCUGUGGAAUAUGUAAAGCAAAACCCUUUAUAUGAUGCCCAGAGAUGCAGAGCAUUCCAGUGUGACCUUACCAAAGAUGACAUUUUGGAAAAUGUACCGUCAGAUUCUGUGGAUGUUGUGACCUUAAUAUUUGUGCUGUCUGCUAUUCAUCCUGAGAAGAUGGGUCUAGUUUUGCACAAUCUUUAUAAAGUAUUAAAACCAGGCAAAUGUGUGCUGUUCAGAGAUUAUGGCCUCUAUGAUCAUGCUAUGCUGCGGUUUAAGUCUGCUAACAAGCUUGGAGAAAACUUCUACGUCAGACAAGAUGGAACCAGGUCAUACUUUUUCACAGAUGAUUUCUUGGCUGAACUUUUCCUUUCCGUGGGGUAUGAGCAGGUGGUCAAUGAAUACGUGCUGCGAGAGACGGUGAACAAGAAGGAAGGCCUGUGCGUGCCGAGGGUUUUUCUCCAAAGCAAAUUUCGGAAGCCUCCAAGGGAGACGUGAUUUUUGCUCAUGGGCACCUGGACUAUUUUAAGUUGACAUUUGGAUGUCUCACAGAAGUGGCCUUCCUUUGGUGUUAUACCAGGGUGACUGACAAUGUGCUUGCCAAAGCUGCUGUCCUGUUUUCAUCGCUGCAGGUGAACGGCCCACGGAAUAAAGAAACCGAUGUGAGCAGCCACUACGUCUGGCCGUGACUCAGGUUCCCCAUCCCUGUCGUAAAGCAAAUGCAUUUAUUUUUAAAAUCUUGGCAUUAGAUGGCGCCAUACACCACGUUUCUGUAUCAUCAGUCCAUACAUCCCCUUGAACAAUUAGAAUUGCCUUUCCCCCUGUAAAUUGUGCCACUUAAAAAGAGAUAAGAAAUAAGAGGUGGAGGGGAAAGGGUAACGUUCUGCAGGAGAGCAAGUCAAAACUCCCCUAAAUUGUGUCUCUGCUUGUGAUGGUUCACUUGCUCAGACUGAUUAAAUGUGUCUGUUGCUUCCAGCUUACAACGUCCUGAAGCAGUUUAGUGAGGAAGUCCUGUUUUCGGAUGGGAAAUCCGACGUUUCAUUUUGUAAUGUUAGCUUAUGGGAAAUCAUUACCAUAGAGUUUGUGCAAAGUGACACAAGCAGCAUGAUUGAAUGGACAGUGAGCAUGCACACGAGAAGUCUAGCCUCUUUCUGAUGUGCUAGAUUUGUAACAGGUAACGGGAAGCGUUAAAAUGUGCUUCCGCCAAAGUGGUGCUGUCCUGGAAGAACUGCGUCAGAACUGUGGUUUCUGGGGAGCUGUAGGUCAGUUCUUAUUGACGGAUUGGACAGGCUGGUGCCCCCACGUGCUCGCUCCACCAUUGGGGCCAAUUGAGGUUAGGGUUAGCCUAUACAGCUUGUUUACUUUCAGCACAAGAAGGUCCCAGAGGAAAGGUUUCCUGCCUUUUCAAAAAAGGAACACAUCUCUUGUUCCCAGUUGUGUGCCACAGCACUGAAAUGGGACCAUAGAAAACCACUUUGGAAACAUCCUUGGCUGUGUGUAAAGGGACCCCUGACCAUUAGGUCCAGUUGCGGACGACUCUGGGGUUGCGGCGCUCAUUUCGCUUUACUGGCUGAGGGAGCCGGUGUAUAGCUUCCGGGUCAUGUGGCCAGCAUGACUAAGCCGCUUCUGGCGAACCAGAGCAGUGCAUGGAAACGCCGUUUACCUUCCCGCUGGAGCGGUACCUAUUUAUCUACUUGCACUUUGACGUGUUUUCAAACUUCUAGGUGGGCAGGAGCUGGGACCCAACAGCGGGAGGUCACCCUGUCACAGGGAUUCGAACCGCCGACCUUCCAAUCGGCAAGCCCUAGGCUCUGUGGUUUAACCCACAGCAUGGUAAAAGCCAUCAAAACUCAGCACAGAUAUGCUGAUUUCCAUUAUCCAUUUAAAUCUGCAAAUAUGGGUCCAGAGCGACAGGUAGUUUGCAAGGUGGGCUGGCAGCACUUUCUAGUUCUCCAUAACAAUGCCACUAGCACAUGAUACAAAGUGCUCUUGCCUUUUAUAUGCAGGAUAGGAUGACGCAGGACCUAGGAGAUGCUGGCAUGAAGGGCUAUGAGAAACCCAGCUAGCCUUACGCAUGGACCAGCGUACAAAUGACAAACUACUGCCGUUUCCUGUAAUUCUGCCUUUCUUGCGACCUUUAAGGGUUCUGUUUGUUUUUAAUAGUGCAAGCAGACUAUUAAAGCCCAAACCAGAAAGAUCAAAUUGCACUGAUUCUGGGCAAAGACUUUAAUAAACACAUGAAACCUUUUAAAAAAAAUAACAGCAUGGAAUAUGCUUCGCAGAAAGUGUGUGGGCAAAAAGAGAGAGGCAAGCACAGCUCCUUCAGUAAUUCUAUGAUGAGACUUGUGUUUGGCCUUUAAUGAGAUGGAGAAAGGUCUGCAGUUCUGUCCUCAACAGGUCCCAAAGUCUGCAACGGGGGGGGGGGGGUAAAUUAAAUCAUUUGCAAUUCAUAUUUGAGUGCUUUGCUUACCUCCAAUAACGUUGGCGUUACUUUAAAGCCAGAAACAGACCGCUUUCAGGAUCGGUGUUUGAGUGUGAAGGAUAAUUUUGUGCUACAUCUGGUUGGAGUAUAGGUCAGGCGAAAUGGCUGGUGUAAAGGUGAGAUGAGAAGUACCUAACUGGGUGAGCACUUACUCCAGGUAAGGACCUGUCAAAUUCUGGCACUUGGGCAAAGACUGGAUAUAUGGCUGGCCUUACCAUUAGGCCAAGUGGGGCACUCUCAUACAGCGUUACAAUCAGAGCAUCACUAAAGGGAAGCAAAGAGUUAGUUACUGCAGAAUUUUAUGGUGAUGGGUGCAAUUUGACUACUUUUAAUCUUGGGUGCCAAAGUGGGCAAGCACACUGGGGAGGUUGCAGCUUUGGUGAAUGAAGGUGUCCAUUAUUUUUUGUUUUUUAAUAUUUUUACUGACAGUUUUUGUAGACUACAGAAUAAGAAUCAUUAAAAAAAACAACCUAAAGAGAGAGACCAUAUAACACCCGUCCUGAAAGACCUACAUUGGCUCCCAGUACAUUUCCGAGCACAAUUCAAAGUGUUGGUGCUGAUCUUUAAAGCCCUAAACAGCCUCGGCCCAGUAUACCUGAAGGAGCAUCUCCACCCCCAUCAUUCAGCUUGGAUACUGAGGUCCAGCUCUGAGGGCCUUCUGGCAGUUCCCUCCCUGCGAGAAGUGAGGUUACAGGGAACCAGGCAGAGGGCCUUCUUGGUAGUGGCGCCCGCCUUGUGGAACACCCUCCCAUCAGAUAUCAAGGAAAUAAACAACUGUCUGACUUUUGGAAGACAUCUGAAGGCAAUCCUUUUAGGAAAGUUUUGAAUGUUUGAUGUUUUAUCAUGUUUUUAAUAUUCUGUUGGGAGUCACCCAGAGUGGCUGGGAAAACCCAGCCAGAUGGGUGAGGUAUAAAUAAAUAAAUAAAUAAAUUAUUAUUAUUAUUAUUAUUAUUAUUAUUAUUAUUAUAUUUAUUUACAUGUAAGGCCCUUUACCAUAUUUAUAUCAUAAAUUUAUCCACAUACAGAGAUAGAUCUUCCCAUCUCCCACCUGGGAGCCUACUCCUCCCAGUCUCUCACCCUGGGAGAUGCUUUCUACCCUGCCUUUCAUGCAGGGGCUUCUCUCUUCCCACUGUCCUUUUUCUUUGUGUCCUCCUCAGUCCAAGUUAAAGGACUUAUUUUGUGUCCCUCAUCAUUUGGAAAAGCCAUCAAGUAAAUAUCCAUUGAGCCUUCAACAGAAGCCACCUUUAUGUUCUCCCCUUCUAUCUUUCUAGUCAUAAAAAAAAUCACCCUGGGUUCAGAAAACAACUACCAGAUCAUUGGUGUUAAAGAAAAGGUGGGGUUUUUCCCCAUUUAAAAAUAGUUUAUUUGCCACAGCAUAUAUUUCAAACAUUCUCAUAAUCUUAAAAACCAGAAAAUAACACAUCAUCUGCUCCACUCUCAUUAAAUGGAAGGAAUACAUUAUAUAUGCAACAACUUGAAAGGUUAAACACUACUGCCCCAUGUGCCUCACUACCUGUGUGUUCAAUAAAAUCGCCCCAUACUGCAUAGAAGUUAACGUUUUUCUUUUGGCCUCUUGCUACCCGCAGUUUCCAUGUUAGCUUUUCCAACAUACUGUCUGCCAGACCGUUUCAUACUACUUAUCCAUGUUCUACAGUUGCAGUGUUUUCCAUGUUCUGGCUAUGGUUGUUCUCGCUGUGGUCAAUAAAUGGGUUAUAAUAUAUUUACUGUAUUUCUAAUUCUUAGUGAGUCCUGACUACAAAUUAAGCAAUGCCAGUCCUGGGGACAGAAGAACUAUCUGCCUUGUAAUCAAAGACAUUUCUUUGCAAAGACAUUUCCCCAGGAUUUUUCUAUUUUUGAACACUCCCACCACAUAUGUCUAUAUGUCCCAAAAGUGGGACACCCUCUCCAACACGUAGGAGAGCUGCUGGGUUUUAUACAAGCUAGACAUCUAUGUGUAAAAAACCCAACUAUGUGCGAUUUUGAGGGCACUUUCUCUUGUCAUUGCUGAAAUUUAUAUGGGGCUUUGAGCUACAGUCCAUUCCAUGCCUCUUCCAAAGGAAAGGUUUUGUUGUUGUUGUUGUUAAUUAUUAUUAUCAUCACAACUGAAUUAUGUAUCUAAGGUUAUUAGUCUACAGCAGGGAUUCAGGUCAUCAAGACCAGUUUGUUUCUUUAAAAUAUCACAUUUAUGGUGUUCUUCCUAAAGCAGUAUAAGACGACGUCAAAAAGCCAAUGCAAUUCUGGGCUGCAUCAAUAGGAGUAUAGCAUCUAGAUCAGGGGUCCCCAAACUACGGCCCCCGGGCCGGAUGCGGCCCAAUCGGCCUUCCAAUCCGGCCCGCGACGACCCCCGCCGCCCGCUGCCGCCGCCCGCUCUCACGGCGCGCGGCGCAGCGACGAUCUAAAAAAUCGGCAAA